CGUCCGCCAUUUUAGGUUGUGUCGGCGGCGGCGCCAUUAAAAUAAAGCGGCUGGGAGAAGAAGGAGGGCUCGGGGCGCUCGGGCCGCCAGCGGGGCCGGCGCCUCCGGCGGGGGAAGCGGCGACGGGGCCGGCUCGGGGCAGCGGCGCCAUGUCGGAGCAGCAGUUCGCUAUGGACUCGGCGGCCGGCCCCGGAGGCGGCCCUGCGGAACAGCCGGCGCAGCCCGAGGGGCUGGCGGGGAGCGGGGCGGCAGACGGCGACGGGGCGGGCGGCGGCGGCGGUGGCGGCGGCGGGGGUGAGUCGGAAGGAGCCAAGAUCGACGCCAGCAAGAACGAGGAGGACGAGGGAGCACAGCCAAUUCAACAAGGAGCAAGUUCACAUGAGCAGCUUGGAUUUGGGAGAGUCAGACACAUGGAAGUGCAACACAGUCGGUGCAGGAAUGUUUGCACACAGAAAGUGGAGGAGAUGGAAACCGGCUCACGUGGCUUCUCAGGUCUUCUGAAAAUGUUUAUUGGUGGCCUCAGCUGGGACACCACCAAGAAAGAUCUGAAGGACUAUUUCUCUAAAUUUGGUGAGGUCGUAGACUGCACUCUGAAGCUGGAUCCCAUCACUGGGCGAUCAAGAGGCUUUGGCUUUGUGCUCUUCAAGGAAUCAGAGAGUGUAGAUAAGGUCAUGGACCAGAAAGAACACAAGCUGAAUGGGAAAGUCAUUGAUCCUAAAAGAGCUAAAGCCAUGAAAACAAAAGAACCUGUCAAAAAGAUUUUUGUUGGGGGCUUAUCUCCAGACACACCUGAAGAGAAAAUAAGGGAGUACUUUGGAGCUUUUGGUGAGGUUGAGUCUAUAGAACUCCCCAUGGACAACAAAACUAACAAGAGGCGUGGGUUUUGCUUCAUUACCUUCAAGGAAGAGGAGCCAGUGAAGAAAAUCAUGGAGAAGAAAUACCACAACGUUGGGCUUAGUAAAUGUGAAAUAAAAGUAGCCAUGUCAAAGGAACAGUACCAGCAGCAGCAGCAGUGGGGGAGCAGAGGAGGGUUUGUUGGAAGAGCUCGAGGAAGAGGCGGCGGCCCCAGUCAAAACUGGAACCAGGGCUACAGCAACUACUGGAAUCAGGGCUAUGGGAACUAUGGCUACAACAGCCAAGGAUACGGAGGUUACGGAGGAUAUGACUACACAGGCUACAACAACUACUACGGAUACAGUGACUACAGCAAUCAGCAGAGUGGUUAUGGGAAAGUAUCUCGGCGAGGCGGUCAUCAAAAUAGCUACAAACCAUACUAAAUUAUUUGGUUUGCAACUUACCCCAACCAGGUGGAGAAGCAGUAUUUUCUCAUUUGAAGAUUGAUUUGAGGUGGCACGUGCUGCCUGCAGCUCAGACUAGUUUUUGUACGAAGUUCAUGAAUUGGAAGUAAGACGUUGGGUCCC